GUCGGAUUUUGAGGUCGAGUUGAUUGAACUUCCUCCGCGUUUCCAGUUCAACUAGCUCUGUGGGGGCUAUCCGUAGCCAUUUUGACUCAAGCCAUUUUGGCUCAAGCUCGAGGCUCAGGCUCGGCCAGAGCGGCCGCAGACGUCAACGCUGCUGCGCCCGCUUCAACCCACGGUGGCCGGAUCGCGCGCUGCCACCGAUGACCCCGCUCCUCUCGCAGCUGGUGGCGUGGCUCUGCUUGGCAGCGCGUGCAGCAGGACGCUCCGAGGUCGCAACGGGCUUCAGCCUCGUGGACGAGGACGGGCGGGACGUCCUCUCUGAGGCCGCGGCCCACGACGCGCUGGACGAAGGGUACCGGCCGUCGGGCAGCGUGCUGGUGCUCGCCUUCCAGUCGCACAACAGGGCCUUCAAGUACAAGCUGUACCGCCAGGCCACGUCGUCCUCUGGCGGCAAGGUCGUGGUGCACGGCGAGGGCGGCCAGAAGACGGAGCGUGCCCUCGGCCGGCCGGUCAUCUUCAGGAGCCCCGGCCGCGACGCGGUGCUGACCGCAGUGGGGCAGAGCUUCACGGGCACCAUCUUCGUUGGACCCACGAUAUUCGACAUUCGGCACCAGCACAGCAGCGCCGCUCUCGAGGUGACGCGCUUCGACCCCGACGAGGCCAAGCCGUCCGUGGGCUCCGGCGUGGGCAGCCUGCGCCCGAACGGCUCGCUGGAGCAGGCCGACGUGGACAGGCGCUUGUCGAUCCUCAAUCCCGACGCGAUCGACCAGUGGACGAACUGUUAUCCUGGAGAGGAGACGAUGCGUACCUUCAAAUUCGGCGCAGUUAUCACGUCCAACGUGUGGCGAGACGAGAAUUUUCAGACUGACCAAGAGGCAGAGGACUGGGUCCACGCUAUGGUCGCCAACGCGAACAUGGCGUACGAACCCCAGCUCAAUAUUCACCUCCAGAUGGGCAGUCUUGUCAUUCAGCAGACCCACGACGGCGCCCCAAGCUGGGACCAAGGUAGCACAUGCCCGAAGUCAAUUAAUGACCAGUUGUGGGCGCUGGUCGCUUGGGAGAGUUCUGCAGCCAAUCCAGACUCCACGAUGGGCGUGUGGCAUCUGUUCGACAAUUGCUACCAGAAUUCCGGCUUCAUCGGCCUGGCGUGGAUAGGGGUGUUGUGCUAUGAUUGGGGGUACAACACAGGAGUCACCUGGCUGAGCAGAGGAAAUUAUGCAUAUCCCACUUGGCACAUCAUGGCACAUGAGCUGGGACACAACUUCGGAGCCCAGCACUCGUUCGAGCAAGGCCAGGGCAAGACAGGGGGCAUCAUGGAUUAUGGCGACGGCAGUCUGAACGGCGUGUACCGGUUCAACGACCUCCGCAAAUCUGAGAUCUGCGGUCAGCUCACUGCCCAAGUCAACAGUUGUUCGGGGUUCUCGGUUUUCGAAGCCGAGUGCGGCAACCGAAUUACAGAGCCAGGUGAGACCUGCGAGUGCAGUGAUGGAUCGCAGGCUUGCUCGGGGUGCUGCGGCUGCCAGGUGCAGCUGGAAGUCGGUGCGCUCGCGACGCCGAUGGAGUGCUCGUACGGCGCCCUCGGCCACGGUGGCUGCUGCAGCCCGGCCGGCAUGUUCCAGCCGGUUGGCUUCGCGUGCACGCUUGCCGACGCAGACGGCUAUUGCAACGAGGGCGUCUGCGUCACCCAGCACGUCUGCCAGGACAACAGCUUUUUCGACAGCUACUGUGGGCUCGAGGCGAACGGUUGCAAGAUCAAGUGCACCCAGGCGGGAGACGGCACGUGCUUGAGCCUCAGCAGCUGGGAGGUCAACGGCCAUCCCAUCAACAAUGUCCCCGACGGAACGCCCUGCCAGGGGACUGGCUUCGAGGGCACGUGCAGCGCCGGCGAGUGCAAGCACCCUGAGGCGGUUACCAUCGCCGUUCCGGUGACGACGGGCGCUCCAGCGGAGCCCAACCCUCAUUCGACCGAAACAGAGUACAGCGGGUGCGUGGGAUUCGCCAACCGCGGCUUCCUCGGCCACGCAGACGUGGCAGUCUUCCUCCAGGGCGUAUCUCUGAUUCAGUGCAACAUGCAGUGCGCGAACGACUGGCAGUGCGACAGCUUCAUUCACAGGGCGGACGUGGGGUUCUGCGAGCUUUGGUCGAACAAGAACUUAGUGGAAGACUUGGCGGUUGUACCGGGCUACGACACUUACAUCUGCGAUGCAUACGCCGCCGGUUUCGACUUCCUCGACGCCGAGUACUAUCAGGACGCUGACGUGGGCUUCCACGGGCUAAAUGUCCCUGCUCGGGAGCGCAGCGGGGACAGUGGGUUCACCCGAAGCACUUGCUACAAGACGUGCAAGACAGACCCUGGCUGCCACACGUUCGUCUUCGUCGAGAGGACCGGCAGCUGCCAGCUGUACUCCUCUGAGAUAUCUGGGACUGACGUGGUGUACAAGGACCCGAGCGAUGGCUACAGCACUUACACCCUGCCCUGCCACGGCCGAGGCAAGAACUGCCCAUGCCGCGAUGACCCGGAUGGCACUUGGAAGAUCCGUGUGCCGUGCCAGUGCGAUGCGACCGCCAACCCUUUCGAGAACGAGUGCGGCAUCAACAAGUACUGCUACGAUGGAACGUGCGCCGACUCUCCGAAGCGCCGGUUGUCCACCGAAUGCGCGUCGACUCCGUCCCCUCCCGCUGCAGCGACGGCCUCACCGACCAGCGCACCGACUGCUGUACCGACCAAGACGCCGACCGCUGCACCGACUGCCGCACCGACCAGCGCACCGACUGCUCUGCCGACCAGCUCGCCGACUCGUGCGCCAACCAGUUCACCAACUUCCACGCCGACAGCUGCACCGACGGCCGCACCGACCAGCGCGCCGACCGCUGCACCGACCGCCGCACCGACCAGCGCACCGACUGCUCUACCGACCAGCUCCCCGACUCCCGCGCCGCCAAGCGCGACUCCCGCGCCGCCGACAGAUGCACCGACUGCUCUGCCGACCAGCUCGCCGACUCGUGCGCCGACCAGUUCACCAACUUCCACGCCGACAGCUGCACCGACGGCCGCACCGACCAGCCCGCCGACCGCUGCACCGACCGCCGCACCGACCAGCGCACCGACUGCUCUACCGACCAGCUCCCCGACUCCCGCGCCGCCAGGCGCGACUCCCGCGCCGCCGACAGAUGCACCGACCGCCACACCGACUGCCGCACCGACGGCGGCACCGACGCCGUCACCGACGAGGCUGUGGACUACGCUCACAGCCACCACAACAACGGUGAAGUACUUGGUGCGUGUGGACAUGUCUUUUUCCAGCACCGGCACAUCAGAUGAUGUGGAGUCCUCGGUUACUUCUUUCGUGACCAGCAAGCACGGCGUCGCCCCAGACAGCGUCACUGCCACUGCGUCUGCCAGCCGGAGGAACGCUGCAGCGUCGACCCAGUGGCACGUGGAUUACGAUCUCCUUCUGGAGAGCGAGUCGGACGCGUCGGCCCACUUGGGCAUUGCGCAGCAGCUCUCCGCAAACGUGGAGGGUACCCGCGCCGAUCUUGCCCAAACCUUCGCUGAGUCAGGGUUGACGAUGGACGCAGCGGUCUUCACGGUCACUGCGCCAGAGGAAGUGCAGGUGUACCGGUCUUGCUACAAUACGGACGUCGGGCUCAAGGACCCGUUCGAAGAUGGUUGCGACACGUACCACCGCAACCCAGAAUUCUGCGGGAUCUACGACGACGCCGAUUUCAGUUCUGACAACUUGUGCUGCGUUUGCGGGGGAGGCAGCGACACGGAGCCAGACUGGACGCCUGCCACUGAGGAGCCCAUACUGCCGCCCGAGCCCGGAUGCGUCGACACCGACGCCGCCCAGAGGGACAGCACCGGGGACGCCUGCUCGGUCUACGCCAUGGACCCGGCGCACUUCUGCGGCGCCUUCGACGACGACGACUUCAGCUCCCUGGCGAUGUGCUGCGCCUGCCGCCCCUACGCCCCGCCCACCCCGGCCACGGCACCCGCGGCUCCCACGCCCGUGCCCCCCCCGCCGCUCGUGCCCACGCCGGCGCCCGGCGACGGCGUGCUCGACGGGGCCACCCCGCACGGGCUCUCCGCCGCGUGCGCUCUGCUGGCCGGCGCGGCCUGCGCGCUGAGCGGCCUGGCCCAGGGGCUCUGAGGGCCGCGGCGCCCGGGCGCCGCCGUGGCCUCGUGCCUCGCCCAGUUCCCCCCCGACCCAGGCCCCGACGCGUCGCGCGAGGAUAAGCCUGAAUAUCUUCGCUCUUUCUGCCGCCACUCCAGGAGCCUGUGUCUUCUGAGGGUGGCGAUGGUCGUUUGAACGUUGAUUUUCCCGUCGCGGGGUCGUGAAGACGACCCCGUGUGCUCUCAACACGCGUUGGCGCUGCAGCGUGGGCUGCGUCGCCCAGUGCGCGCCGAGUUGGGCGGCUCGCACACGGCACAAGGGUGCCUUUAUAAUCUUCGCCAUUCGCGCGAGUGGUUUUUUCCGACUGCGCGUUCCCGCACGAAAUUGUUUCCAUCUCUCGCGCAAGCCUGCAGCCAGGAGAGGUCAAGGCAGACAGCCCAGAAGGAGAUUGUAAUGCAACUCCUGGGAGGAUGCUCCCCUAAUCUGGGGCUGAUACGGGCCAGUCCUGCCCAAUGGAGUCAUCCAGUCAGGCUUCAUAGGUAGCCUUUACCUGCUGUUACGAAGACUGGGAUGGAGGGAGAGGGGCUGGGACGCAGGGGAAGCGCGAGGAGGCUGCCUGGAGCCCUGCACGAGGCGAGGCUGGCGCCGAGGGGCGCCGAUUUUGUCCCAGUCCUCGAUCCCCGUUGGGCAUCCCAGGGGUGGGCCUUUGUAGAAGGCGCAGAGGGCCACUUGCUGUCUCAGAAGCCGCCUAAGCUUUCUCCGAGGCCACAGACGGCCUGUCAGGAGGCCAGAGGGCUUCUGAGAAGCCCCGCCGCCUUCUGAGACGGCCGACCCCCUCGGCCUUUCCCCCCGGGCACGACGCCGAGUGGUACUUCACUUUGGCCUCUGCUGCGCAGGAAAAAAAC